UAACGGCCGGGGAGAUGCAUCCCUAGCCGUGGAUGCGCCGCGUUUAUAUCCCAGCAGAGCCCCGGUACACGCGUGCAGUGGGACAGUCUCACUCGGUUACCCUGGAGACGAGUGUGACGGUAAGUAUGACCUCAUAGAUGCCUGGCCUGGCUCGGAUCAAACCCGAGGGCCCGCUCACCCAAACCAGAACCGCCUCCGAGUGAAUUGAAAGCAUGGCUACGGCUCCCCAGACGCUGUCUCUGGGGUUCAUCAACUCGGCCAACAAGUACCUGACCGCCGAGUCGUACCUUUACAAAGUGAACGCCACCGCCUCCUCCAUGCGGCACAAGCAGAUCUGGCAGAUGGAGUUUCUCAAGCAAGACCAGCCGCGGGUCCAUCUCCGAUCGUGCUUCAGCAGGUACCUGACAGCGGAUAAUAACGGGAAGCUGACCUGUGACAAGGAGGCUCCGAGCAGCACCUCCGUCUUCAUCCUCAUCACGCACCCGGACGGGCAGGUCUCGCUCCAGUCGGAGCCCUCUCAGCGUUACCUGGGAGGCGCGGAGGACAAUGUCUCGUGUUUUGCCGAGUCGAUGACGGACGGUGAGAAGUGGACGCCUCGCCUGGCACUGCACCCCAGCGUGAGCGUGUACUCGCACGGCCGCCGCCGGUACAUGCGCUUCGAUGAGGCGAGCAACAGCCUGACCUGCGACCAGGACCUGGCCUGGGGGGCCAGCUGUGUGCUGACCCUCUACUUCGAUGGGAAAGAGAAGAGGUACGCUCUGCGGACGGGCGCGGGGACACUGCUGUCGAGUGACGGCCGGCUGGUUUCGGAGGUAUGUGCGCAGGCGCUGUACUCCUGCCAGCUGCGCAGCGGCUUCCUGCUGCUGCGGGACACGGAGGGGAAGUACCUGUCGGGCCGUGAGAGCGUGGUGAAGACGUUCAAAACGGAGCAGCCAGGCCGGGACGAGCUGUUCACCCUGGAGCCGAGCCCGGGUCAGCUCUCCAUCCGUGCGCUGGGCAGCGGCAAGUUCAUCUGCUUGCGCCCAGGGGCGGAUAUCUAUGCUAACCAGGCUGAAGCCGGGAGAACUGAGACUUUCCAGAUCAUGCACAACGAGGCCAAGAAGACUUGCUUCAGAGCCGCAUCCAACAACUACCUCUGUGUGGGUAGCAAUGAUAUGAUAGUGGCCUCCCCCAGUGUGAAUGACCGGAUCUGGUUUGAUUUGCUCUAUCAAGGGGAGAAGGUUUCCUUCAAGGCAGACGACAAGUUCAUGUCAGUGAAGCCUAACGGCCAGGUGGUAAUGACAGCGACUCCCCCUGGGAGGUCAGGGGAGUUCGUGCUGCGGCUGAUGAACCGCUCCCUGCUCAUUCUGCAGAGUGAUUUCGGGUUCGUGGGUCUGGCUCCGGGGACUCAGCGCCUCGAUGGGAAUCUGGCCCAGUACGAGGCCUGCAAGCUGACAGCCAAUGACAGCGGCUUCUGCCAGUUCAAAGUGGGUGAGAAGUUCUGGGAGCUGGAUAAGUUUGGGGUGAUAACAGCCACCGGAGACGCUGCUCAGAACUUCUCCCUCGAGUUCCACCCCCCCGCCACGCUCACGCUCGGGGGCCCCAAUGGGAAGUACGUGGUGGUGGAGCAGAGCGGGGGGUUCAAGGCAGUGGGGGGGGACGUCGGCUCAGCAACACACUUCCACUACUGAGCCCCUCCCUCCCAGACAGACAGAGUAUACCAGAGGCAAAGCUUUCCACCUCCCAAGCAAUCGGCUGCAGUGUAAUAUUAGAAAGAUGUGUUCCCCGACACCCUUGGACAGCGUGCUUGUACUGUAUCUUCCACAACUCGUAUUAAACACUGAAUUAAUAAUGCAGGCACAGACGUUUAGACUAGAAGUCUUUUUCAAUGUCUUUGAAUGGUUUGAGACUCAGUGGUAUUGUACUGGGCUCCAGCCCUGAUUGAUAGAGUGUGGAGGGUCACUUAC